ACUGUAGCUCUGAGAAGCUCGAGCGCGGCCGAGCAGGAGAGAGUGGCAGUGAAUGUGUCUGCGGCAGCUUUUAGCGUUAAAAAACACAAACUACGGCCGAAGAACAGAGGACCGAACCCCGCUGCAGUUAGAGACGACCUCGGAAGACCAUGGACUAUGAUAAAUUCUAAAAAGAGACUGGUAACUGUGGGCUGUUUUGACGACAAGCGGUUUAUUGAACAUCUGUAGAGCAUAAUGAGGGCAUCCGCUAUUCUUUACGGUGGUUUUUCCUCUGAGGUUUAGUUAGACGCUGAGUGACACUAUUUAUAAAUGCGUCGCUUUUAGACAUCCACUCAAGGAAUAGACACACCGAGGGGAUAGAGCCUGCAGAAAUUUAGUUAAUUCCCUCCUCCCAUGGCCCCUGGGGAACAGUGAAGUCAUUUGAGAAGUCACCGGAGAAGAAGACACGUCUUAAUCAUCCCGAUAGUUUAACAGUUUUGCGCGAGAAAAAAAAAUCUACAUUCCCCUUCCAUCGGCUCGCCGACACACCACUGCUUUUUCAUCAUUUUUUUCAGUUAAUCUUACAUGGUUUUAGCUUUCUGAGAAUUCAUCGCCGACCCUGCUGUGGGCAUUUUCCCCGUUAAAGGAUGCCGGAUCAAAUAUCGGUGUCCGAGUUCCUCUCGGAGACAACAGAGGAUUACAAUUCCCCGACAACAUCCAGCUUCACCACCCGACUGCAGAGCUGCAGGAACACGGUGAAUGUGCUGGAGGAGGCGUUGGACCAGGAUCGAACAUCUCUGCAGAAGGUGAAGAAAUCAGUGAAGGCCAUCUACAAUUCAGGACAAGACCACGUCCAGAAUGAAGAGAACUACACUCAGGCUCUGGAUAAAUUUGGCAGCAACUUCAUUAGCCGGGAAAACCCCGACCUGGGUACGGCUUUUGUCAAGUUCUCCUCCCUCACCAAGGAGCUGUCUGCCCUGCUGAAGAACCUGCUCCAGAGCCUCAGCCACAAUGUCAUCUUCACUCUGGACUCGCUGUUGAAGGGCGAUCUGAAAGGCGUGAAAGGGGACAUUAAGAAGCCCUUCGACAAGGCAUGGAAAGACUACGAGGCCAAGUUUACAAAGAUCGAGAAGGAGAAGAGAGAGCAUGCCAAGCAACAUGGCAUGAUCCGCACUGAGAUCACCGGGGCUGAGAUCGCCGAGGAGAUGGAGAAGGAGCGGCGUCUCUUCCAGCUGCAGAUGUGCGAGUACCUGAUCAAAGUCAAUGAGAUCAAGACCAAGAAAGGAGUGGAUCUCCUCCAGAACCUGAUUAAGUAUUACCACGCUCAGUGCAAUUUCUUCCAAGAUGGCUUGAAGACAGCGGAUAAACUGAAGCAGUAUAUUGAGAAGCUGGCAGCUGAUCUCUAUAAUAUCAAACAAACUCAGGAUGAGGAGAAGAAGCAGCUGACUGCCCUUCGUGACCUGAUCAAGUCCUCCCUCCAGCUGGACCAGAAGGAGUCUAGAAGAGACUCGCAGAGUAAGCAGGGUGGCUACAGCAUGCACCAGCUGCAGGGGAACAAGGAGUUUGGCAGUGAGAAGAAAGGCUACCUGCUGAAGAAAAGUGAUGGACUGAGGAAGGUUUGGCAGAGGAGGCAGUGCUCAGUGAAGGGGGGCAUGCUCACCAUCUCUCAUGCCACAUCCAACAGGCAGCCGGUCAAACUGAACCUCCUCACCUGCCAGGUCAAGCCGAGCACCGAGGACAGGAAGUGCUUUGAUCUCAUUUCUCAUAACCGGACAUAUCAUUUCCAAGCUGAGGAUGAACAAGAGUUUGUCAUCUGGAUCUCGGUGCUGACCAACAGUAAGGAGGAGGCCUUGAACAUGGCGUUUCGUGGCGAGCAGAGCAGCGGCGGCGAGGACGGUUUGGAGGAUCUGACUAAAGCCAUCAUAGAGGACGUGCUGCGCAUGCCGGGCAACGAAGUGUGCUGCGACUGCGGAGCUGCAGAUCCUAAAUGGCUUUCCACCAACCUGGGGAUCCUGACUUGCAUCGAGUGUUCUGGCAUCCACCGAGAGAUGGGGGUCCACAUCUCCCGCAUCCAGUCCAUGGAGCUGGAUAAGCUAGGAACCUCAGAACUCUUGUUGGCCAAGAAUGUAGGCAACAGUAGUUUCAAUGAGAUCAUGGAGGGGAACCUCACUACCCCCUCACCAAAGCCCACUCCAUCCAGUGACAUGACGGUGAGGAAGGAGUUCAUCUACGCUAAAUAUGUGGACCACAAGUAUGCGAGGAAGACGUGCACAUCUGUGUCCGCUAAAAUGAUCGACCUGUUUGAGGCGGUUCAGUCCAGGGAUCUGCUGUCCCUCAUCCAGGUCUACGCAGAGGGGGUGGAGCUGAUGGAGCCGCUGCCCGAGGUCGGAGCGGAAUCCGGAGAGACAGCACUGCACUACUCUGUACGGACUGCUGACCAGACCUCCCUGCACUUGGUGGACUUCCUUGUGCAGAACAGUGGUAACGUGGAUAAGCAGACGGAGUGGGGCAACACCGCCCUGCAUUACUGCAGCAUGUACGAGAAGCCCGAGUGCCUCAAGUUACUCCUGAGGGGCAAGCCAGCGACUGAUAUCACCAAUCAGAACGGAGAGACGGCGCUGGAUGUUGCCAGGCGACUGAGGAACACUCAGUGCGAGGAGGCACUGGUGCAGGCUGCAGAGGGGAAGUUCAACCCUCACAUCCAUGUGGAGUACGAGUGGAGCCUCAGACUGGAGGAGAUGGACGAGAGCGAUGACGACCUCGAUGAUAAGCCCAGUCCCAUCAAGAAGGACCGCUCCCCGAGGCCUCAGAGCUUCUGCCACUCCUCCAGCCUCUCCCCCCACGACAAGCUGUCCCUGCCGGGCUUCAUCAGCCAGAGGGACAAGCAGCAGCGCCUGUCCUACAGCGCCUUCACCAACCAGAUGUACAGCGCCUCCACCGAUCUCACCUCCUCCCCAGUGGCCGACGGGCCGCCGCUGCCCCCCAGGAACCAGGGCAAAGCUCCACACUUGGCAUUCCUUGGCUCUCAUUCGCACUACGCCACUCUGGCUGGCACUCGACCAUACAUCACUCCUCCCCCAUCUGGCCCUCCCUCUACACUCACACCAGGAGCCAGCUCCACCCUGUCCAAGAAGAGACCUCCGCCCCCACCUCCUGGACACAAACGCACCCUGUCUGACCCACCCAGCCCGCUCUCUCACAGUCCACACAGUAAAGGGGGCUUGACUGGGGGAAGCGACUCCACCCCUCCUCCUGUCAGCAAGAUGUCUCCGGUCUCUAACAAGUUUGAAGGAAUUCCUCAGCAGCAAAGCACUACUUCGCUCAACACAAAGUCUACACUUGGUCCAAGGGUUCUUCCCAAACUACCUCAGAAAGUGGCAUUGCGGAAGAUUGACACCAUCCACCACCCGUCGAUGGAUAAGCCCAGCCUCCCUCCAGAGGUCUUCCAGAAGUCCCCCCCGGCAGCCGACCCCCCCCAGAAGGCUCCUCUGGCGGACCGGCCUCAGCUGGCAGACCUGCCCCCCAAACCCCAGCCGUCUGAACUUCCUCCUAAACCCGGAGAACUUCCUCCCAAGCCUCAGCUCUCAGACCUCCCUCCUAAACCUCAGCUGGGAGACCUCCCCCCCAAACCCCAGCUCAAAGACCUGCCUCCGAAGCCGCAGCUCUCCGACAUCCCCCCCAAACCCGGGACCGCCGAGCCCACCCCCAGGCAGCCGCACGGAGACACUCUGCAGAGGCCUCAAACACAACCUCCACCUCCCCCUCAACCCCAGUCCCAGCCCCAGCCCCUGCCUCAAGACUCACCGUCCCCUAAUCAGCAAGCACCUGUUGGGACGCCCCCCCAACCAGCUGCUGAAAACACCAACGGGACCCCCACAGGGACCGCAGAGACACCCGUGCCCCUCCCCAGGAAGAUCAACACGGGGAAAAGCAAAUCCCGCCGGGUGAAGACGAUCUAUGACUGCCAAGCUGACAAUGAUGACGAACUGACAUUUGCUGAAGGAGAGGUGAUUAUAGUAACAGGAGAGGAGGACCAGGAGUGGUGGAUCGGGCACAUUGAAGGGGAGCCGGACAGAAAGGGUGUGUUCCCCAUGUCUUUUGUGCACAUCCUGAGUGACUGACAGUCAGAGAGACUUGCACUACACCUCUCCCUACAUUGAGAGGUCCUGUACAUAGCGAUUAUAACACCUCUUGUCCAAUGACAAGUGUCCUAAAGAAGAAAAAAAAAACAAGAAACCAAGAAGGCUCAUCGAGCCAUGGAUAUCUCCUCCAUGCUGUACAAAGAAUGUGUGUAUUCUUCCUUUACCAGUAUUAUCUUAACCCUAUAGCACGGCUGUGAAGAAGCCACUCUCAAAACCCUAGCACUUACCUAAAGUCUAUGUUUAUGCUGUUACUGUGUAUAUAUGUAUGUAAAUAUAUAUAUUUGUGUGUGAGUGUAUAUACAUGUUUUAUUGUACAAAACAUGUACCAUUGCUCUCUCUACCUGUCAGAUUUAAACAUCAGGGCGGUAGACUUUGAAUUUUAUCCGUAUUGAUUUUACUGGCCCUCAAGUAAUUAUCAGCUUAUAUUUCUGGAAAAAGGACAAAUAAGAAAAGGAAUGUGAAAUAGGUCAUGUCACUCUGUCUUGCAUCCCUGUUUACCACCAUAGUUGACUGAAGAGGCUGCAGUCUCCCACUGAUCAUGCCCCCAAAUGAAAACAUUAAUGUACUCCUUGUUCUUGCUUGCUUUGUGUGUACAUGUGUUAUGGUUGUUUUACAGUAUAGAAACCUGCUGCUACUGUGUGGUGGAAUAUCAAAGCCUGUGGUUCACUGUAGGUCACUAAUUUACUCCUUGUUACACUGUUCACUGUAUGUAUGCUCUGUGUGUAAACUCAGCGCCAUCCCCACAGUCCCUUGACUUUCUGUGCAUGGUGUAACAAUGACUGGAAUUGAGUGGAGUGCUGCGUUCAAAGAUGCUCACCUCAGGGUUUGAAGAGCCACUAUUAAGCAGGACUACAAAAAAAAAAAAUGUAUCCUGUGUUUAAAGCCACUAUUAACAAGUAUGGGAAACUCAAGAGGACAUCUUAGCAAUAACUUGAUUUUCUGACACCAACUGUUGUUCACAAUUCAGUGUCUUGUAAAAACCUCAUGAGCUUGAAAUGUUUAAGUUUGAUCAUGUAAUAUCAUUCCAUGUUACUGGAUCCAGUACAUUUCCAGGUUUGCCUGUGAACCAGAGAUGUCUUUAAGAAGCACGGUGGAAUGAGCAAAAGGCUGGAGAGCCGAUGUAUUUUCACCCAGUCCUCACUGACUUGCAGUUUCCCUCCCCCAUGUUAAGGAAUAAACCCAUCAACCCAUUGUAUCAUAAAUAAAGUGCUGUACUGAAACUCUG